UAUUUGUAUACAGAUUUGUAUAUCUGGCCUGUGCUUCUUCUUCUGUUACCUCCGGCGAUAGUUUCAAUAAGUAUCGCAUCAACAGUUAUAAAAGCUGGUUAGUUUAAAAGGAUAAUAAACUAGAAUCGUUUUGUUUAUAAACUUCUAGCAACACACAGACCAAGAGGAGAGAGUUUUAGAUAGAGAAAGUGUUGGUUUCUGGUUUGUUUGGUUGUUUGAUUAGAGAGAAAGAGGGAGAGAAAGAGAAAGGAAAGAAGACGACGGAGGAGAAGGGAAUGCAACUGGGGAAGUACGAGAUCGGAAGGACACUGGGAGAAGGAAAUUUCGGCAAGGUCAAGUACGCUAAGAACCUAGAUUCAGGCCAAUCAUUCGCUGUUAAAAUCUUGGAAAAGAACAGAAUUCUUGAUCUCAACAUCACCGAUCAGAUUAAGAGAGAGAUUGGCACAUUGAAACUCCUCAAACAUCCAAACGUCGUCAGAUUACAUGAGGUCUUGGCAAGCAAAACCAAGAUUUACAUGGUCCUACAAUAUGUGACUGGCGGUGAACUGUUUGACAGAAUUGCAUCCAAAGGAAAACUCUCUGAGGCUCGAGGCAGGAAGCUUUUCCAACAGUUAAUUGAUGGAGUUAGUUACUGCCACAACAAAGGCGUUUAUCACCGGGAUCUUAAGCUGGAGAACGUACUUGUUGAUGCAAAAGGAAACAUAAAGAUAUCUGAUUUUGGCCUCGGUGCAUUACCUCAGCAUUUUAGGGAUGAUGGGUUACUGCAUACCACCUGUGGAAGUCCAAACUAUGUCGCUCCUGAGAUUCUUAAUAAUAGGGGAUAUGAUGGUGCCACCUCAGAUACCUGGUCUUGUGGCGUCAUCUUGUAUGUAAUUCUCACAGGAUAUCUACCAUUUGACGAUAGAAAUCUUGCAGUUCUCUAUCAAAAGAUUUUCAAGGGGGAUGUUCAGAUACCAAAAUGGCUAACCCCAGGAGCACAAAACUUAAUAAGGACAAUUCUUGAUCCCAACCCUGUUACAAGGAUAACAAUUACAGAGAUCAAAGUAGACGAAUGGUUCAAGCAAGACUAUAUUCCUGCCAACCCUGAUGAUGACGAAGAAGAUAUAUACGUAGAUGAUAAAGUUUUGUCGAUACAUGAGAUGACAUCAGAAGCAGAAAAAAAUUCAAAAUCAGCUACACUCAUCAAUGCCUUUCAACUGAUUGGAAUGUCUUCAUUCCUAGAUCUGUCUGGUUUCUUUGAGAAAGAGGAUAUUUCGGAGAGGAAGAUCAGAUUUACAUCUAGCCAUUCCCCAAAACAAUUGCUUGCGAGGAUUGAGGAUAUUGUAACUGAGAUGGGAUUCCGAGUCCAGAGGAAAAAUGGAAGGCUUAAGGUGAUGAAAGAGCAUAAAGGUCAGAAAAGUCUGGGGACUCUUUCAGUUGUAGCAGAAGUGUUUGAGAUAAGCAAAUCCUUGUACGUAGUUGAAUUAAGAAAAUCAUAUGGAGAUUCUACAAUUUAUAGACAGUUAUGUACAAAACUAGCAAAUGAUCUGGGUGUCUCAACAAGUAGUCAAGUUCAGCUGAUGACCAUGGAAGCUUGAGUAUCCAGAGACGGUUAGACUAGAAAUAGCAACAUAAAUAAGCCUAGUAGAGAAUCUGUAUAAAGAUCCAUAGGAAGAAAUGUUGAAAAGGAAAGAUUCAAUAGUAAUACUAUCAAAUAUUAUUAGUUGUAAAUAUAAUAUUUGGAGAAUAUUUGUUGUAAAUAGAAUAUUAGUCAAGUGCUAUAAAUUAGGAAAUUAUUAAUUAGGCCAGCUAGUUAUGUGUGAAUGUAUUUUCUCCUAUAAAGAUAACCUAUGUAAACUUGUGAAUAGUGAGCUAAUACAGAGAAAAGAUUUAUUCCAUA